AUGAUGGAACUUACGAGUACUGCCGCUCGCAUUCCCAAGGAGAGUGAUCCGAGCAUUCCUACUGUGGAUGCCGAGCCCGUGGAUAUUGUAACCUGCGGCUCCUUCGAAACCGGGAUCAGUGCCUGCACGGCGCAGUCCAACAGCACUUUGUUCCGCCAUGCCAAUUCUCUGAAUGAGAUUUCGUGGUCAUUAUGGAGUGACAAUGGUGGAGAGAGACGUUGUCUCUUAUUGAACUGCGUCACCACGGGAAGCAAUCCUCCAUCGCCGUCGUCCGUCAUGUCCGCCAACACUUCCACACCCCUCAAUGCCGUCAAACCGACAUCCAGCAGUCGUGGCCACUAUACUGGUAGCAACCGUAACGUAUGCCUCUUCAUCAAACUCACAGUCUUUUUCUUGGCGAGUUUCCUGGCGGGCAUGACAGUGCAGCAAAAGGUUGCAGCUGCAUCAUUGUCCACUGCAACCAUCAAAACCACGACCAGCAACCUUCGCAACACGAAUGGUAGAACGACCAGUACUACUAGUACUACUAUUGUUUACGGACAUGUCCACAUGGCCAAGACGGGAGGUACCAACUUGAACGGGAUGCUCGCCACACGGUACGAACGUGUCUGCGGUCACAAGGGAUACAGUUACGAUGCUAUAGCCCACAACCAACGCACUCGAGAAUGGCAAGCAUCCACCGAAAAGUACGGCGACGGCUUGUACACGCUGCACGAUUCUAUUACUCAAAUCAAACCCAAUUACAAUCGAGGACGUGUCCCGCCCAAAGUCAUGUUUGAAAUUGGAUUCCAAGAUUGCGAUUGGAUCAGUUUGGAAGAUCCCGGAUGGAGGGCAUGGCCUCAUCAUGUCUUGCCCGAUUUGAAAAUGGCCACCACGGAUGCUAAUAACGAUGAUGAUGAUGGUAAUGAUGAUGAUGGUAAUGAUAAUGACGCAACAACAACAACCACGAGAUUGGAGUUGCACGUUCCUUGUCGAGAUCCCGUUGAUCAUUUGCUCUCCAUGUGUCAUUACCAGAGCAUUGAUUUUGACUGCAGUAUUCCCUUUGAGUCGGAUGUCGGCACCAAGAAACACAAUCAUGAUUCUUCCAAACAAACUGCCGAUACCACCAUGGAAGAACAAAUUGAUUCCUGCCUCAUGGGAUUGGGCCGAUUUCACCACGAACUAGCCAAUCUGCCACACACCGACUUGAAAUGCUUUGACUACCAACAACAGGAUCUCUACCUACAGUACAUGGAUCAACGAUUGCAACCACGACGACAGCAACAAACAUAUGUUUGGAGGGCAUCGGAUCGAAAACGACAUUACGAACAAGAGUGUCUGGGUGGGCACGACAAUGAUGACGAUGUGCAGCAUGCCACCAAGCAAAAGGAGAGAUUGCAAGAGCGCAUCGCAAACUACCUCCUGAAACACCAUGACUAUUAUCGAUUCUGUAAAGACUGUCGAGGGAGCCCACAAGAUUUAUUUCCUGCUGCUGCAUAA